AUGUCGCCUGUCACUCACCCCCAACUUCACCUGUCACUCACCCCCAACCUCACCUGUCACACACCCCAACGUCACCUGUCACUCACCCCCAACCUCACCUGUCACUCACCCCCAAUGUCGCCUGUCACUCACCCCCAACCUCACCUGUCACUCACACCCAACGUUGCCUGUCACUCACCCCCAACUUCACCUGUCACUCACCCCCAACGUCACCUGUCACUCACCCCCAACGUCAUCUGUCACUCACCCCCAACAUCACCUGUCACACACCCCCAACCUCACCUGUCACACACCCCCAACUUCACCUGUCACUCACCCCCAGCAUCACCUGUCACACACCCCCAACGUCACCUGUCACUCACCCCCAACCUCACCUGUCACACAAACCCAACCUCACCUGUCAACACACCCGCAAAGGUCACCUGUCACUCACCCCCAACCUCACCUGUCACACACCCCCAACGUCACCUGUCACUCACCCCCAACCUCACCUGUCACACACUCCCAACCUCACCUGUCACUCACCCCCAACGUCGCCUGUCACUCACCCCCAACCUCACCUGUCACACACACUCCCAACCUCACCUGUCACUCACCCCCAACGUCACCUGUCACACACCCCCAACAUCACCUGUCACUCACCCCCAACAUCACCUGUCACCACCCCCAACGUCGCCUGUCACUCACCCCCAACGUCACCUGUCACUCACCCCCAACCUCACCUGUCACACACCCCCAACAUCACCUGUCACUCACCCCCAACGUCGCCUGUCACUCACCCCCAACGUCACCUGUUACUCACCCCCAACCUCACCUGUCACACACCCCCAACAUCACCUGUCACUCACCCCCAAACAUCACCUGUCACUCACCCCCAACAUCACCUGUCACUCACCCCCAACGUCGCCUGUCACUCACCCCCAACGUCACCUGUCACUCACCCCCAACAUCACCUGUCACACACCCCCAACAUCACCUGUCACUCACCCCCAAUGUCGCCUGUCACUCACCCCCAACCUCACCUGUAACUCACACCCAACGUCGCCUGUCACUCACCCCCAAUGUCACCUGUCACUCACCCCCAACUUCACCUGUCACUCACCCCCAACGUCACCUGUCACUCACCCCCAACGUCACCUGUCACUCACCCCCAACCUCACCUGUCACACACCCCCAACCUCACCUGUCACUCACCCCCAACCUCACCUGUCACUCACCCCCAACCUCACCUGUCACACACCCCACUGUCACCCGUCACUCACCCCCAACCUCACCUGUCACACACCCCACUGUCACCUGUCACUCACCCCCAACCUCACCUGUCACUCACCCCCAACAUCACCUGUCACUCACCCCCAACGUCGCCUGUCACUCACCCCCAACGUCACCUGUCACACACCCCCAACCUCACCUGUCACUCACCCCCAACCUCACCUGUCACACACCCCCAACAUCACCUGUCACUCACCCCCAACCUCACCUGUCACUCACCCCCAACAUCACCUGUCACUCACCCCCAACAUCACCUGUCACUCACCCCCAACGUCGCCUGUCACUCACCCCCAACCUCACCUGUCACUCACCCCCAACCUCACCUGUCACACACCCCCAACAUCACCUGUCACUCACCCCCAACGUCGCCUGUCACUCACCCCCAACCUCACCUGCCACACACCCCCAACAUCACCUGUCACUCACCCCCAAUGUCGCCUGUCACUCACCCCCAACCUCACCUGUCACUCACACCCAACGUCGCCUGUCACUCACCCCCAACGUCACCUGUCACUCACCCCCAACUUCACCUGUCACUCACCCCCAACGUCACCUGUCACUCACCCCCAACGUCACCUGUCACUCACCCCCAACCUCACCUGUCACACACCCCCAACCUCACCUGUCACUCACCCCCAACCUCACCUGUCACUCACCCCCAACCUCACCUGUCACACACCCCACUGUCACCUGUCACUCACCCCCAACCUCACCUGUCACACACCCCCAACCUCACCUGUCACUCACCCCCAACCUCACCUGUCACUCACCCCCAACCUCACCUGUCACACACCCCACUGUCACCUGUCACUCACCCCCAACCUCACCUGUCACUCACCCCCAACAUCACCUGUCACUCACCCCCAACGUCGCCUGUCACUCACCCCCAACGUCACCUGUCACACACCCCCAACCUCACCUGUCACUCACCCCCAACCUCACCUGUCACACACCCCCAACACCACCUGUCACUCACCCCCAACCUCACCUGUCACUCACCCCCAACAUCACCUGUCACUCACCCCCAACCUCACCUGUCACUCACCCCCAACGUCGCCUGUCACUCACCCCCAACCUCACCUGUCACUCACCCCCAACCUCACCUGUCACACACCCCCAACAUCACCUGUCACUCACCCCCAACGUCGCCUGUCACUCACCCCCAACCUCACCUGUCACUCACCCCCCCCAACAUCACCUGUCACUCACCCCCAACCUCACCUGUCACUCACCCCCAACAUCACCUGUCACUCACCCCCCCAACUCACCUGUCACUCACCCCCCACGUCGCCUGUCACUCACCCCCAACCUCACCUGUCACCACCCCCAACCUCACCUGUCACUCACCCCCCAACCUCACCUGUCAACCCCCACUGUCACUCACCCCCAACCUCACCUGUCACUCACCCCCAACAUCACCUGUCACUCACCCCCAACAUCACCUGUCACUCACCCCCAACUCACCUGUCACUCACACCCCAACCUCACCUGUCACUCACACCCCACGUCGCCUGUCACUCACCCCCAACUUCACCUGUCACUCACCCCCAACGUCACCUGUCACUCACCCCACCAACCUCACCUGUCACACACCCCCAACCUCACCUGUCACUCACCCCCAACCUCACCUGUCACACACCCCCAACAUCACCUGUCACUCACCCCCAACAACUCACCUGUCACUCACCCCCAACGUCGCCUGUCACUCACCCCCAACGUCACCUGUCACUCACCCCCAACCUCACCUGUCACUCACCCCCAACGUCACCUGUCACUCACCCCCAACCUCACCUGUCACUCACCCCCAACGUCACCUGUCACUCACCCCCCCAACCUCACCUGUCACUCACCCCCAACCUCACCUGUCACUCACCCCCAACCUCACCUGUCACUCACCCCCAACCUCACCUGUCACUCACCCCCAACAUCACCUGUCACUCACCCCUAAUAGACUUUAGCUGUGGAGUCAUGUGA